AGAAGGAAAAAGCAAAAGAGUGUGAAGCUAUUUUGGCGAGAGAAAGAUGUAUCUCCGUUACUCACUUUUCUUGAUCCUCUUCUCUCUCAUUUCACUCCAAGGUUUUGCCAAGAAGACAGGAGAUGUGUCGGAACUGCAGAUCGGUGUUAAGUUUAAGCCAAAAACAUGUGACGUGAAGGCUCACAAAGGUGAUAUGAUCAAAGUGCACUACAGGGGGAAACUUACUGAUGGAACGGUAUUUGAUUCGAGCUUUGAAAGGAAUGAACCUUUUGAGUUUGAGUUAGGAAGUGGUCAGGUUAUCAAAGGUUGGGAUCAAGGAUUGCUAGGCGCGUGUGUAGGAGAGAAGAGGAAGUUAAAGAUACCUGCUAAACUUGGAUAUGGUGAACAAGGCUCUCCUCCUACUAUCCCCGGUGGUGCAACAUUGAUAUUUGACACAGAGCUUAUUGCGGUGAAUGAAAAACCAACUGGUGGUGCCGAAGAAAAUGAAGAAGACGGAGAAAAUGAUGUAGACGACACAUAUGGAGCUGACGAGCUAUGAUUGGAUCUCCAUUCUCCAACAGUUUAGCUUCUUCAGAGUUCUACGAAUAAACUGUCUAUGUGCGUUUGUUUUUUUAAACCUUUGGAUGCUUUUAGUUUUGGAUUCUCUCUAUAGUUAUCAACGACUUCAUUUUGGUCUGGCUUCUAAUAAACAGUGAAACUGGUCAUAAUGCUUCAGAUUAGAAAAAUUAUGGCCAUUGCAAAAGGCCAUUUCAAUGAUAAACUUGGGAAAAUUCCAAAAAAAUAUUCUAGCUAA